AUGCAAAGCACGAAGUACGAGCCGCUCGGACCCGAAUACAGCUCACAAUGGAAGACGACCUCGACGAUGAUCAGAUGCAAAUCAUUCGAAGCGGAGCCGCUACGGACGAGAUCACAUGUUCGAGCGAGUCAGGACGAUGCAGAAUGCAGGCGACUACUACGACUCAUGGGCUCGGCUUUCAUCUGCGGCCUUAACCCCGAGCGUCAGGUCAAGACUUUGAGGUCGAACCGUCGAACUACAUAUCUACCACGCCGGGAGUCAUCCCGAGUCAAGGCAACGACAACCGACGACUGCGGUGUGCACCAAAGCUACAUGCCAGUACUCGAGUGCCGCCAAGCUCCUGCACGGGAGCCAACGUUGAGGGCGUUCCGCAAGUCGAAGAACCCCAGACUCGAUCCGACUCCAUCACAACAACCAACUUCUACAUCGUUUGGUCAUAUCUCCACUUCGGGACAGUACAGGGCCUAG